UAUAUUCUCUCUGAACACUAUGGUUCCUGUACCCUUUCACUUUGUCCUUAAGCUGCCCUUAUCCCAAACAAAACAUGUCUUCUCUUUUUUCUUCUUCUUCUACUUCUACUACUACUAUUGUUACACCCACAUUAUGCACCAUCCUUCUUAUUCUUUUGAACACUAUAAACACCUCUCAUUCUGCGCACCAUCGACAGCUUUCAGUAGAUUACUAUGCCAAGACAUGCCCUGACGUCGAGAAGCUUGUGGGUUCCUUCACGUCUGAGCAGUUUAAAGCUGCCCCUGCUAUUGCUUCCGCCACUAUCAGGCUUUUCUUCCAUGAUUGCUUUGUUGAGGGAUGUGAUGCAUCGAUAUUGAUAUCGUCCAAUCCUGGAAGCAAAGAAUUAGUAGAAAGAGAUGCACCACUAAACAAGGAUCUGCCUAUUGAAGCAUUUGAACUUAUCAACAAAGCCAAAGCCUUGGUAGACAACAAAUGUCCAGGCGUUGUGUCUUGUUCAGAUAUUCUUACAAUUUCGACUAGAGACUAUGUUCAUUUGGCAGGAGGUCCUUAUUAUGAAGUGAAGAAAGGGAGAUGGGAUGGAAAGAUUUCGAAAGCAUCCCUUGUAUCUUCUAAUAUUCCUCAAACUAAUUCCACUAUUGAUGAACUACUAAAGCUUUUCGCCUCAAAAGGGCUAACAAUGGAGGAUCUUGUUGUUCUCUCGGGUGCACAUACAAUUGGAUAUUCUCAUUGCAAGUAUAUUAUAGAUCGAAUUUACAAUAACAAAGGUACUAAAAAUUUACCACCAAAUAUUGAUCCUAAGUUUUUAGCAGCUUUAAGAAUGUAUUGUCCACAUUAUGGUGGAAAUGAAGAUAUUGUGGUACCAUUUGAUGUUACAACUCCUUUUACAUUUGAUCAUGCAUAUUAUGGAAAUUUGGAGAAAAAUAUGGGACUUUUGGUGACGGAUCAAGCGUUAUAUUUGGACCCUAGAACUAAGCCUAUUGUUCAAAGCUUGUCUAAGGAUAAACAAAAGUUCUUCCAAGCAUUUGCACAAGCUAUGGAGAAAAUGGGAAACAUUCAUGUGAAAAGGGGAAAGAAACAUGGAGAAAAGAGGAUUGAUUGUCGAGUGCACAUGUGAUUAUUGUUACAACCAAGGAUGUCUUGGCCGUGUGGUUAAGAUUGAGGUACUGAGGUUACAGGUUCGAAUCUCCCCUUCCCUUCUUUGUACUUGUCUUCAUGGCUUAUAUGGAUAAAAGAAAAACAUGUGAUUAUUGUAAUUCUUUUUUUCCCCUUUUCUAA